UCGAGUGCGAGUGUGCGUAAAAGCCGAAACGAAUACCCGAAACCGAAACCGAAACUAGCCGAGUGAUUGGAAAAGUUAUUUCAUAAAUUCGCGCCUACGAAGACAGUCCAACAGUCAAGCUUUAUGCGGAGAUCACGGUGCUUGGAUUCGGAAACGUUAUCGUCCAGUAAUUAGUGGAACUUUUCCCUGGAUUUCCUAUACCUCGUUUAUCUGUGUCAGAGUGUAAAGUGUGCCGAGUGAAAGAGCUGGAAAUCAAAAUACAAAACAAAGUAAUUACAAAGCCCAUCAAAAGAAAAGUGCUGAAUAUGUAGGCUGAAAAUUGGAACGCUGAACUCUUCGAAUUCGACUUCAAAUUAAUUACUCGGCAAUAAUUUUGGAAAAUCACAAGAAUAAUAAACACGCGAUCGAACAAGCAGCCAAAGACGCUAACGAAGACGACGUGUGACACAGUUUAACAUUUGGACGACGUCUUUGGAAUAUAUACCCAAAUACAUUAUCAUAUUACUUUCGAGUGUCGAACAGUUAAGAGCGCUCCAGAAAUCCAGACAAAAAUGGUGUCGAGCACAGCCCUAAAUAAAGUUCUUAUAUCAGGAGCGCUGCUGAUCGCGGGAUGUUGCCUGGUGUUUUCUUACCCGACAUUUACGGAAGAUGAUGAUGUCGGGAUGAUGGCUGAUGAGUACGACUACGGUCCCGAUGAUCAGAGCGUUGCCAGUCAGCCAGUCAGCCAGCCAAAGCCAACAAAUAUUGCAAAGUCCGCCGUGCCGAAAGCCAACAGAACUGUGAUCAAGACAGGAAUUCUGGGCGAAGAUGUUUUACUAACGUGCGAUGAGAAGAUAACAAAAGAUGUUGUUAUAAUCUGGUACCAGAACUCCAAUGUCAUCGCGCACGGUCAAAAUUUAUUACUUCCAAACUUCAGUCUAGAUCCGAAGAGCUUUGAUCUGACAAUACUGAAGGCGAGUGCCCAAAGUGCUGGUGACUACUACUGCCAAAUUCUGCCACAGAAUGUGUUCGUGCACACAAAAGUCAUUUUGGGAGAUCAUUCGCUUGACGUCAUCACGCCGGAGAGCUCGAAGUCCGCUCAGGAUAGUUUGCAUCGAUUUGCGUUGAUGUGGCUCCUGAUGCUGGGCCUGUUAGUUCUGCAUCAGCACAAGCAUUAGUUAAGUUUAAUAUUAAGCAGCGAUUUAUAGAAUGUACCCUGGAUACACCGAAAUUGCAUCUCUGUCUCCCUUCUGUCUCCAAAAGCUAAAUAAGAAUUUUAAGUCUUGUUAAUCGUGAAUUUAUCUAUUUUGUAAAGACAAACGAUUUUAUUUAUUAAAAACCAAAGUAUACAGAAGUAAA